AUGGCCAUGUUCAGCCAGAACCCGCUCGUGAAUGGGCCAAACUACUCAAUUAGCGACAUGCCGAGAGUAAAUGCUCCCGAGGGUGCGCGAGAGCAUCGUUUCGACCCCUACACCGACAACGGCGGCUCGACCCUCGCAAUCGCCGGCGCCGACUUCACCGUCAUGGCCGGCGACACGCGGCUUACCUCGGGCUACAGCAUCAACUCACGACACCACCCUAAGCUGUUCAAGAUUGGCGGGACAACGGCCGACCAGAAGGAUGCGACCAUUGUGCUCUCGGUGGUGGGUUUCGCGGCCGACGGCGAGGCCCUCAAGGAACGCCUUGAUGCCAUUUGCAAGAUGUACCGCUACCGCCACGGCAAGCCCAUGAGCGUCAAGGCCUGUGCGCAGCGGCUCUCGACUAUUCUAUACCAAAAGCGCUUCUUCCCAUACUAUGCGUACGCCAUCCUGGGCGGGCUGGACGAGGAAGGCAAGGGCGCCGUGUAUUCGUACGACCCGGUUGGCAGCUACGAGCGGGAGCAGUGCCGAGCCGGCGGCGCAGCUGCGAGCCUGAUCAUGCCUUUCCUGGACAAUCAGGUCAACUUCAAGAACCAGUACAUUCCACACAGCGGCGAGGGGCACGCUCUGCUGGAGCGCGAGCGGCGGCCGUUGGCGCGGCACGAGGUCGAGACACUGGUCAAGGAUGCGUUUGACGGGGCUGUUGAGCGGCAUAUCGAAGUGGGCGACGGCUUGCAGAUGAUGAUCAUCACGAAGGAGGGAAUUGAGGAGGUGCUGCUGCCUCUCAAGAAGGACUGA